UGCAACCGAAUCUUCCCCUGCAACCAUUGCCUGAAAAGGGGAGUGGCACAUCUCUGCCGCUUUGUUUCCAAGAGUCCAGGGUCCAGGACCAACAGAGAAGAGAUCACGGCAGGCGGGGAGUCGAAAUCGUCCAAGAAACGGAGCUUGGAUAGUUCUGGCAAUGACAUAUCCUCCGACGAAACUCCGUAUAACGAAGUGGAGCAGUCCGAGAUUGAUGUUAGCGACGCCUUAAAUGCCCUCGGCUACCUGUCACACACUCACCACCUGGUGCUGGGCACCGGCCACGGACCCAAGGUAGUCAAUGAACCCACAGACGAGCUUGCGCAAUCCGACGAGCUCAGGGCCGCAAAGGAGUCGAUGCUCGCAAAGCCUUACACAGCAGAUUUCCUUGUCGACAAUUGGCUCAGCGGAGCCAAUUACCACUAUUACUCUCUCUACCCGCCCGAAUUUAGGACGCAGUAUGAUGGCUGGUGGGCUAUGCCGAGUAAUCAUACCACGCCAGAACUGACGGCCUUGAUUCUGCGCGUUUGUGCCUGCUCGGCUCUGUACAUCAUCGAUAACAAUGUUAAACAGAGACUCGAGACCGAACUCAAGGUUGAUGCAGUGACGCUUGCCAGGCGCCUGCACGGCGAAGCCGAAAAACUCAGCACCAGUAUCCCGCCAGGCAAAGGCGGCUUAGUUCAGGUUCAGCAGCUCUUUCUCACGGCCUUCUGGUUCAAGUCGGCCGAGAAAUGGACUGAAGCAUGGCAUGCCCUUGGAACUGCCAUACGAGAAGCAAACGAGAUUGGCCUUCAUCGGGAUUCUUUUUCAGAGGGCAUGUCGGAAUUCGACCGCGAGAUGAGAAGGCGUCUCUGGGGUGUUUUGUACAUGUGGGACUUUGCUUUGGGUUCAAUGCUGGGCCGUCCGCUUUUGGUCAACCAUGCCGACUGCACAUUCGUGAUGCCAACGCUUGCUCUCGAGAUCGACCCCGCCGAGCCAUAUCAACCAUCCCCCUUCCGCCAUAUGAACCUUCAUUGCAGGUUGUGUCUGGACAUGGCAGGCCAGCUCGGGAGCCCGUCCAAUCCAGACACAGGCGAAACCGAACUCGCCAUGCGGCUGCGAGAUGUUGUCGACAAGUGGUUCCAAGCUCUCCCAGUCGAGUACGCAUUGGAGGCCCCGGAUACUCGUUGGGACGCUGAGCACCCAUUUGUUGUGUUUCAGCGUCGCUACCUCCACUUGAUUGGUUUCAUGUCCUUGUUCGGAUCUAUCAAGAAGUUCGUCACCCAGAACUCUGCGAAGCCAUUUUCGGAUAUUGAGAUGAGACUCCGGGCGAGAGGAGUCCAGGCUGCGUUGGGUCUCAUGGACGUAUCGUGGAGCUUUUACGAGACUCUUGCCUCGGUUGGCGCUAAAUUUCAUUAUGCAGUGUUUUGCAUAUUCGACACCACAACCGUUCUGUGUUCAGCCUUUGUCCACGAUGAAGCUCGAAAUCUUCCGCAGAGAGAAACGGUCCUCAAGGCCAUCAGAAAGGGUAUGGCUAUGCUUGAAGAACUGCGCUCAUCCUCAAAGACAACAGCUGGGUUGUGGUGCAUCCUCAAAGGGCUUCUGUUGGCCCUGCCACUGAGUGCGAAGGAAAAGGGGCUCAUUCGCGCGCCGAAACGCCACAAGCCAACUCGGCGA